GUCUUGUCUUUCUUGUUUCUUUCCCUCUCAUAUUUCAUUCUUUUUAAACCCCAUUAUUCCUUAAACCCAUUAUAUAUACAAAUAACUCUAUCACAAAUCUAAAAUUCAAAACUCGAUAUUUUUGUCUUGAUUAUUAGUAAAAGAGAGGCAGAGAUAUGGGCAUUUGUAAUGUUCAUUUUCUUUCGCCUUCUCUCUGGCUCUUCUUCUUCGUGAUGAUUACUGUAAUUAUGAAUUUGAGCUACGCAGAAGAAAAUGCUCAAUCGCCUCCACCAGCUUUACCACCGUAUUACAGAUCUAGAGGUUCGCCUUUUAGGCCGAGCAUAGCAAUAGUAGUAGCAAUACUCACAACGAUUUUCUCAAUCGUAUUUAUGUUGCUAUUAUACGCAAAACACUGUAAGAGGGAAGGUACAUUUGGUACCACGUCCGGAGGAUUGACGAACCUGCAUUCGUCAAGCUUCCGGAAAAACUCUGGUAUUGAUCGGACGGUGAUUGAGUCUUUGCCUGUAUUUCGAUUUGGAUCUCUUAGAGGUCAAAAAGCGGAAGGACUUGAAUGUGCGGUUUGUUUGAAUAAAUUUGAAUCGAGUGAAAUUCUUCGAUUGUUACCUAAAUGUAAACACGCAUUUCAUAUUGAGUGUGUUGAUACUUGGCUUGAUGCUCAUUCUACUUGUCCUCUUUGUCGAUAUCAAGUUGACCCAGAAGAUAUUCUUCUAAUUUCACAUGAAAAUGAGAGAAAAUCUGCUUCUUCUUCCAUAUGUUCAUCCUCUCCGGUGAAGGAAAAAGAAAAAGAAAAAGAAAAACAGAGGAUUUAUUCUUCAUCUUCUGGAAGACAUUCUUCCGCCGGAGAAAGAGGAACUUCAUCAUCGUCUUUGCAGAUAAUCGUUGAAAGUCCGAAACAGGAAACGCCGUCGUUUCUGAACAAGAGAAUGUCGUUAGACAGUUGGAAUUUCUACCGGAAAAAAAGCAAAUCCACUAAAUUAUCGAGAAAAGACGGAAUGCUAUUAAACAAAAAAAAGGCGCCGGAAGCGGAGGUGGAGGCUGUGGAGGAAAGGCGGUUGGAACACCGAAUAAUUAUAUCCGGCGAUGAACCGGAGCUGGGCACGGGAAGUGGGUCCCGGCACCGGUGGAGUGACGUGGAGGGUUGUGAUAGGUUGUAUUUGAGGUCGGAGAUGAUAUUAAGCGAGAGCCGUAGAUAUUCAGGGUCGAGAAAACGGACGGCGGAGAUGGGGAGUGGCAGAAGGGUAAUAAAUGAGAGAAGUGUGUCGGAAUUGACAGGGAUGAGUAGGUUUAGGAGUAAUAAUGAAGAAGAAAGAGAAAGGAAAGGAGCUGUAAAAAGGUGGUUGGAUUGGAUUUCUCAAUCACAAAAUAAAUCUGUUUCUCUGUCUGAUUCUGGUGCUGGUGCAGCAGCUUCUUCUUCUGCAACUUGAUGAUAACUCGUAUCGUAUCGGAUGUUUACGUUAAAUUAAUACGAGUUAUGAUAUAGUUGUGUAAGUUUUUUUUUGUUGGAGGCAUCUCUUUUCAUGAUGAGAUGAGGUAGAGUACAAAAAGAAUGAUGAAAUCAUAUUGUAAUAGUAGUAGUUUUGUACUUUAGUUAGUGGAAAGUGAAAGAGUGGUACUAGGAAAUAGAAUUUUUUUUUGGAAUUUUUAAAUGUAAUUUGGAUUAGUGAUAAAGACUUAUU